GGUUCAGCCUAUCAGGUCUGUGUUCAUCUAGAGAACCUUUACUAAUACAACGCUGUGUGUGGAUGUGUGUUCACUUCCCACUGAGGAAGAUGUGCUGGCUAACAAUAGUGCUCCACAGGUUUUGUUCUGUUCACUUUUUUUCUCCCAGGGUUCUCAUACCUAUCAGGUGAAUACUAGGGGCAGUUUACCUAAAUCCAGUAUGAAGUACUCUACCCAAGCCAGAUCAGAGUAUUUUCGGGUUUACUGGGGGCAGCUCUCUGGUGGGUUCACAGAUCCCAAGGAACCAGAGGAUUCACUAGUUUCCAAGGAGGUCAGAGAAGUUGCUAUGGGUGGGUAGAAUGAGGAGGGUGGUAAGGAGAAAGAGAAAGAUCAAGCAAACUGGGAGACAAAAAUGAGGGGGUAGAGGGGAGUGAGGGAGGAGGAAGAGGGAGGGAGAGGAAAAAGAAGGAGGGAGCAAGGGAGAGGGAGAGACACAGAGACAGAGAAACGAAGAGACAUAGAGCACAAAAUGUCUGGAUUAUAUAGGAAGAGCUUCUGGGCGGGGAAAGCCCAGCCCCUGGACUGGAAAGUUCAGGGUCAAGGCGGAGUAUGCCAGCCAUGCCCCAUAACAGGUGGGGACUCAGGAGUGCUGUGAGAACCUGGAAGCUAGGUCAGCUUUCCUGUGUUAAAUAUACACAUCAGCUGCUUGUCCCAGGUCUGCUUGGCCCAGCCACAAAACAAAAAUCUUGUUCCCCAAAAUCUCUCUUUGUUAAUAUCCUGGGCACCCUUCCACUUGUGGGACUGAUUGACAACUCCACUGCAAGUUGAAUAAUGGGCUAGGCAAGCUAUUUACCUUGAUUGAGGGAGUAAGAAGUGCUGUGAGGGGAGCUCUGGCUGGUCAAGACCUGGGGUUCACUGCCCACAAAGAGGAGGAGCGGGCGGCUGAGCAGUGGUAGGUGGAAUGCUGGAGAGGUAGGUGGCGUCCUCCCGGGGGCUAAGUUGGGAGACAGAUGGGUAGGGUACUGGAGGACCCAAACUAGUGCUACUGGAAUGCAAAUUCCUGCAGAUCUUGAAAAGGUCUUGCCCUGGACUGGAAGCCGCGGCUGAGAACGUCUCUCCACCUCCACCGGGUCCCUUAAACUCAGUCUAACCCUAGGGAAGGUGCUCAAGUCACUCAAGACCACUGGCCAAUCAGAGCCUUGAGACGGACCUGCCAGUCAGAAGAAGAGGAGGGUUCUUCCGGAUGCCUUGUGGCAGGUUCCGCUAAGUAGCAAGCUGGCUUUAACGUUUUUCUGUGAUGUGCUCUCUGUCUUGCCACUUGAUGCUGUGAAGUGCGCUCAGGCAAGCUCCGAAGUUGAGACAUGGAUGCAGUAACCUAUGAUGAUGUGCAUGUGAAUUUCACUCAAGAAGAAUGGGCUUUGCUGGAUCCUUCACAGAAGAGUCUCUACAAAGAGGUGAUGCUGGAGACCUACAAGAACCUCACUGCUAUAGGCUACAACUGGGAAGAUCAUAAUAUUGAAGAACAUUGUCAAAGUUCCAGAAGACAUGGAAGGCAUGAUGGAAGUCAUAAUGGAGAGAAACCUUCUGAAUAUACUCAGUGUAGUAAAGCCUUUGCAUGUCACAGUUUUCCUCAAAGGCAUGAAAGACUUCAAACUGAAGAGAAACCCUAUGAAGGUAUUCAGUAUUAUGAAGCCUUUGUACAUCACAGAAGUCUCCAAUUACAUAAAAGAACACAUGGUAGAGAGAAACCCUACAAAUGCAAUCAAUGUGAUAAAGCCUAUCCACGACACAGUCAUCUCCAAAGACAUAAAAGAACACACACUGAAGAGAAACCUUGUGAAUGUAAGCCAUGUGAUAAAGCUUUUACAUACCAUUCUCAACUUCAAAAUCUUGAAAGAAUUCAUUUUGGAGAGAGACUCUACAAGUGUAAUGGAUAUGAUAAAACCUAUUCACAACACAGUAAUAUCCAAACUCAUGAAAUAACACAUACUGGAGAGAAACCCUAUGAAUGUAAGCAGUGUGAUAAAGCCUUUGCAGAUCAGAAUAAUCUUAAAAGACAUGAAAGAAUUCAUACUGGAGAGAAACCUCACAAAUGUAAUGACUGUAGUAAAGCCUUUGCGUGUAACACUAGUCUCCGAAUGCAUAAAGCAGCCCAUACUGGAGUGAAACCUUAUGAAUGUAAGCAAUGUAGUAAAUCUUUUGCCUCUCAUGGUGAACUUCAAAGUCAUGAAAAAAUUCACACUGGAGAGAAACCCUACAAAUGUAAUGGAUGUGAUAAAGCCUAUUCACAACACAGUCAUCUCCAAAGACAUAAAAGGACACAUACUGGAGAGAAACCCUAUGCAUGUAAGCAAUGUGGUAAAGCCUUUACAUACCAUUUUGAACUUCAGCAUCAUGAACAAGUUCACACUGGAGAGAAACCCUAUGCAUGUAAGCAAUGUGAUAAAGCCUUUAUGUACCAUUCUGAACUUCAACGUCAUGAGAGAGUUCAUACUGGAGAGAAACCCUACAAAUGUGAUCAAUGUGAUAAAGCCUUUGCACAACAUUGUAAUCUUCGAGCACACAAAAUAAUACAUACUGAAGAGAAACCCUACAAAUGCAGUAAGUGUGAUAAAGCCUAUUCACAACACAGUACUCUUCAAAUACAUAAAAGUACACAUACUGGAGAGAAACCCUAUGAAUGUGAUCAGUGUGGUAAAGCGUUUGCAUAUCCUAGUUAUCUUCAAAGACAUAAAAGAACACACACUGGAGAGAAACCCUAUAAAUGUAAUCAAUGUGGUAAAGCCUUUGCACAACACGGUCAUCUCCAAAUGCAUAUAAUGAUACAUACUGGAGAGAAACCUUACAAAUGUAAUCAAUGUGGUAAAGCCCUUGCAUCUCAUAGUUAUCUCCGAGUGCUUAAAAGAACACAUACUGGAGAGAAACCCUAUGGAUGUGAUCAAUGUGGUGUAAAACACCUAUGA